GAAUAUUUUGGCGUUUAGAUCAUGGCUACCAUAGAAGAAAUUGCACAUCAAAUAAUUGAACAACAAAUGGGAGAGAUUGUUAGUGAGCAGCAGACAGGCCAGAAAAUCCAGAUUGUGACAGCUCUUGAUCAUAAGACCCAAGGCAAACAGUUCUUUCUGAGCAAUCACGAUGGCUCUACUCCAAGCAAAGUCAUUCUAGCUAGACAAGAUUCUGCUCCCGGGAAGGUUUUCCUCACAACCCCAGAUGCAGCAGGUGUCAACCAGUUAUUUUUCACAGCUCCUGAUCUAUCUGCACAGCACCUACAGCUCUUGACAGAUAAUUCUUCUCUGGACCAAGGACCAAAUAAAGUUUUUGAUCUUUGUGUAGUAUGUGGAGACAAAGCAUCAGGGCGUCAUUACGGAGCAGUAACAUGUGAAGGCUGCAAAGGAUUUUUUAAAAGAAGUAUUAGAAAAAAUUUAGUUUAUUCAUGUCGAGGAUCAAAGGACUGUAUUAUUAAUAAACACCAUAGAAAUCGCUGUCAAUACUGCAGACUACAGAGAUGUAUUGCCUUUGGAAUGAAACAAGAUUCUGUUCAGUGUGAAAGAAAACCUAUUGAAGUAUCCAGGGAAAAAUCUUCCAACUGUGCUGCGUCAACAGAAAAAAUCUAUAUACGUAAAGAUCUUCGGAGUCCAUUAGCUGCAACCCCAACUUUCAUAACAGAUAGUGAAACUGCAAGGUCAACAGGACUCUUAGAUUCAGGAAUGUUUGUGAAUAUUCAUCAGUCUGGAAUCAAAACUGAGCCAGCUAUGCUAAUGACACCAAAUAAGGUGGAGUCAUGUCAGGGAGAUUUAAGUACUUUAGCCAAUGUGGUUACAUCAUUAGCAAAUCUUGGAAAAACAAAAGAUCUAUCUCAGAAUAGUAAUGAAAUGUCUGUGACUGAAAACUUAAGCAAUGGUGAUAGCUCAAUGUGUGAAUUUCAUCAAGACCUGCAGACCAAUGGUGAUGUUUCAAGGGCAUUUGACACUCUUGCAAAAGCAUUGAAUCCUGGAGAGAACACAGCCUGUCAGAGCUCAGUAGAGGGCAUGGAAGGAAGCGCACACCUAAUUGCUGGAGAUUCGAGCAUAAAUUACAUCGAGAAAGAGGGGCCACUUCUCAGCGAUUCACAUGUAGUUUUCAGGCUCACCAUGCCUUCGCCAAUGCCCGAGGACCUGAAUGUGCACUACAUUGGGGAGUCUGCCUCCAGGCUGUUGUUCCUGUCCCUGCACUGGGCACUUUCCAUCCCUUCCUUUCAGGCUCUAGGGCAAGAAAACAGCAUAUCAUUGGUGAAAGCUUAUUGGAAUGAACUUUUCACUCUUGGCCUUGCCCAGUGCUGGCAGGUGAUGAAUGUAGCAACAAUAUUAGCAACAUUUGUCAAUUGUCUUCAUACUAGUCUUCAACAAGAUAAAAUGUCAUUUGAAAGAAGGAAAACAUUGAUGGAGCAUAUUUUCAAACUACAGGAGUUUUGUAAUAGCAUGGUUAAACUCUGCAUUGAUGGAUACGAGUAUGCCUACCUUAAGGCAAUAGUACUCUUCAGUCCAGAUCAUCCAGGCUUAGAAAACAUGGAACAGAUUGAGAAAUUCCAGGAAAAGGCUUAUGUGGAAUUCCAAGAUUAUAUAACUAAAACCUAUCCAGAGGAUACCUACAGGUUGUCUAGACUACUACUCAGACUGCCAGCUUUGAGACUAAUGAAUGCUACCAUCACUGAGGAAUUGUUUUUCAAAGGUCUUAUUGGCAAUGUUCGAAUUGACAGUGUUAUCCCGCAUAUUUUAAAGAUGGAACCUGCAGAUUAUAACUCACAAAUAAUUGGCCAUGGCAUUUGAAAGCUGAAGUCUCAGUGUAAACUGUUCUUUCCAAGAACAAAAGAUACCAAAUUGAACUCAUUGCUUCCAGGACACCUGGAAAGUUUGACUUUCAAGUGUAACCAAAAUCUAGGUAUUUUUUUAUUUUGACUUCUUUAAAUUGAAAUAAGAAUUUCCUAAGUGACUAGACAGGUAGCAGGAAUUAGAAUAUCCUGUCCUGUCUUAUUUAAGUGAAUAAGAAAUAAUGCGCAUUUAUUCUUGCUUAAGAUGAUACCUAAUGCCAACACUUCUUGACUAUCUAAGCUAAGAUCUCAUUAUAUUUUAUUUUAUAAAAUAAAUAGUCUUUUCCCUUCCCCGAAUUGUGUUGUAUUUAUAUUUAACUUUAUUAUAAACUGGCAUAAACAAUUAUUGGAAAUCUCUAAGGGGAUUUCCAUACAUCUUACUGCUCCAUAAUAUCUGUUUUAAUUACUAUGUCAAAAAUCAUUAUUUUUUUCUCAGUGGUAUGAUGAUAAUAACAUUAGAAGUAUAGGAAAUGAUACUUGAGUAUAAUUUUUGUCUUUGUAAAUAUCAUGACAUCUCUUAGCCUAUACCAACCACUCUCAUUGCUGGCAGUGAGACUUAGGUCAUCUGUAAUCUUAAAGGUUGACUUUUAUAGUGUUGUAUAUUAUUAGUUAAAAGCACUUUUUUAUUUAUGUAUGUAGCAGAAAUUGAAAGCUAGGAUUCAUGUUUUAAUAUUUAUGGUUCACUACUAUGUUUUAAAAGUAGUAGAAACUAAUUAAAUCCAAAAUGUUUCAGUAUUUUAAAAUAGAUAUUAAAAUUAGGGGCUAGAGCGAUAGCACAGCAGGUAGGCCAUUUGCCUGCACGCUGCCAACCUGGGAUGGACCCGGGUUUGAUCCCCAGCAUCCCAUAUGGUCCCCCAAGCCUGCCAGAAGUGAUUUCUGAGCACAGAGCCAGGAGUAACCCUUGGUGCCCCUGGGUGUGGCCCCAAAACCAAAUACAUAAAAUUCUUUCUCUUCCAUUCCACAAAAAGUAUCUAACCUUUCUUCCUCAUUUCAGACCUGCAUUAUAGCUUCCUAACUCUUCCAUGGGUUUUAUUCAGUUUCUUGUAGUUUGGUUGUUAGAAAUUCUCCACUUGUUAAAUAAUUCAUCUUAGCCAAUCUGUUUUCAAGGGAAAUUAUUUUAAACCAAAUAGUUCUUUUAUUGAAG